AUGCUGCUUGGCGUGCUCACCUUGGAUAGAUCCACAUGGAUCGCACAAAAAAGCCAGACACUACUAUUCACGCUCUUAAUAUUCUACAUGACAACACGGUCAGAUGCGAAUCCUGUCUCCAUACCGGAAAUAAAUGGCAAAUCUGGUAAAAAUAUUGCCGUUUCAUCUUCAAAUCCCGCAUUGCUGAUCAAGCCGAGCCCACAGGACGCCCAAUUGAACUCGUUAAAUGCCUAUGCCACCAACUACGGACACUUUGCUGCACAAUUCUCUAACAAUGCCGCGCAAGGUGGCAACACUAACGUGCACGCAGACAGCAGCACGACCAGCAACACAAAUACCAACCACUUUAAGGCAUCUUUCAAAUUGCCCGAGGUCGAGAAUAAUUUUACACCAAUACAAACAUAUAAUAACGGUAAUAGCAUGCCGCAUGCGGCGCCUUUAACCGCAAUUGCCGCGUCGCCGAAUGUCAACAGCAUUGCCAACAAUAACGCACCACAAGCCACACCCGUUCUAAUGCAGUACCUGCCACACGUAAUGCCGGAAACAGGCGUACAAUAUCUGCAAUUGAUACCGACGCGUCCGCUUAUUGUGCCCGUAAGUCCGUACUUAAACGGCAAUGCGCCGCCCGCGGCAGCACAAAAUGCCGUCAAUGCUGCAGCGCAUGCGCUACACCCACCAUUGGCGGCCGCCAUCAAUGCUGCACCAAUGGACUAUGGCGUCCGUUCACCGCCCAUAUUGGCAGCCGAGCCCAUUAAUAGUCAACAGCAUGCUGCCGCGACUGCCGCUUUGAUAGAUAUGUCGCAGCAUGCAGCGCCGCCGCCAUACGGUAUACAUACAUACGCGAAUGCCUUACAGCCGUAUCGCAGCAGCUAUCGCAUAAAUCGUGAAGUGAAGGGUAAGAAUUUUCCCAGCACAUUGUCACUCAAUAUGAACGAAUACAUACCGGGCCCCAAUGAGACACUGCGACCGCUGUAUAUGCGCGGCAGACCGUGA